UCAUCCGCGCCUUGCAACUUGCACGUGGAAGCGCCUCCCUCGCGAGCUCCGUCGCCAACAAUCCACAGUCCACAGACGACCACGCCUUCCCCCACUUUCCAGAACCUUCCCGAUGGCGACGCCAAGCUCCCCUCCAGCUGCCCCCGCCGCCACCGCCGCCGCCUCCGUCUCCGUCUCGCGCCUCCCGCCACUACGCCCUUCCCUACCCCACCUCCGCUUCUGCUCAGCUCCAACGGCCGCCGCCGUCGCGGCUUCCCCCAUUUCCCUGGGGCCGGGCUGUCGUCCUUUGCCUAGUAUCCGCUGUCGAGCCGCCGCCGGGCCGUCACCGCCCUCCUCUGAGCCCCCUCCUCCCUCAGGUUGGCAAGAGAGGCUGUCAAGGUUGCAGGAUAGAGCACGUAUAUUCUUUGCAGUUCUGUUCUGGAUGUCAUUAUUUUUCUGGGGAAGUGCUUGGGAUGGAAGUAACAAUUCAGGAGGCAAGAAGCGCCAACGAUUUAGAAAGAAAUCGAAGUGAAGAUGCCCUAGGAUUGUCAUUUCUCUGGGCAUAUAGCUUUCCAUUUUCAAGGACUUCUGAAUAUACAAUGGCGCCGUAGUGUGUAGGCAUAUAAAACUGUCAUGUAUAGUUGCAUUUCAAACAGUACCCUGAAGGAAAUUACUUGGUCGUGUUGUGUAUAUAUAUUGCCGAUCGUUGAUAUGGAGAUAUGAGUGGCAUCAUAAAUGAUUAAAAGAGACAUGUAUGCAUGUCCCUUAUAUUAUUAGUAUUAUUCUGGCAGCAGAAUUGCAUGUCA